CAGUGCUCAGAGAGAAGCUGAGACAACCAGACACAAACACACACGCGUGCGCGCGCACUUUUGCUUUUUCACUGCCAUGCACUUUUUUCUUUCGCCCGUAAGCGCACAUGCACUUUACAUGCCUAACAUCCAUGCAGUUGCAUAUACAAACAACUGCAAGGAAUCACUCUAAAAUAGACAGGGGAUCAUUUCUUUCCUCUACUUCUCAAGAUCACAACUGUUUGGUAAGUGAAGACUCCUCUGCCUCCUGGACAGCAGCAACAGGACACUUGAAGCAGAAGAAAGCAACUAAGGACACAGAAAGAGGAAUCAAAAAGGACAACCACAACUAAGGGAGCGGAAAAAGGCUGACAAGCAAACAGGUUGGAGGGAAGAUCAACAGAGGGAAGACCCACUGCAGUGCAUAAGAAUGUCUUUCCUUUCUGGCUCACCCUGGCAGCAGCCUGGCAUCAUUAAUGGAAACAGUGGGUAUGGACAACCUUCCAGCGGGUAUCAGCAGCACAAACCUCCCGGUACUCUCUCCGGUGCCAGCAUCCCUGCCGUGGUGGCCUCUUCUCCACUGUCUCCCUCCAGUCCAGCUGCUCCCCACCACGGCGACCUGCAUUGCCAAGGCCAGAUGGCACCAGGAGGAGCCACUGCCAUGGCACAGACGGGAUCCAGAAUAACUCUGAUGGAAGAUGAAGGGAAAUUAGGCCGAGGCAGCACCGAGGGGAAUUCAUCGGGGAUGUUGGCAUCAGGAACCCCGAGCUUCACCACACCGUUGUUGAACAUAGAGGAUGACUGGUCUAGACCAGAAAGGCCAAAGGAAGAUGGACUUAAGGUGGGAGUGGUUGGGGCUGUAUUAGGGAGUGCAGGACAGAGCCCCAGCAGCCCCCUGUCGUCACACUCCUCCCCAACUUCAACAUCACCCUCCCCUUCUCUCUCACCAGGGAGAGUCUUUUCGAAUUCUGUCAUUGAUCCUAAGCCAUUUGGACAGAGCAAUCUCCAGCGAAAUAUGGAGGGAUUUUACCUUCAGGGAUCACAAACAGCUGUCCAAGGACACGUCUUCUCACCGGUGUCAGAACGUCAGGAAAAAAUACCAUUAAGUCCAUCCAUCGCCAGAGAUACAGUUUCACGUGAAGUAAAAAAAGAGGAUGAGAGGAUAACAACUGGAAGCCUGUUGAAAACUCUGAAGGAAGAUUCUAAUGCAAGUAAGCCCGGAAAUCAAAUACUCAAGCCAUACUUAGGAGAGUCAGGUACAGAUGUACCUGCUCCUUCUGUGUCUGACCUAACAGGUAGCAAAGCUAGCACCGCAUUGCCCACAGGACAUGCACCUGCAUCUCUGUCUCCACCCAACAGAGCUGCUGGUAAUGCAGGACUGAGUGUUGUUGGAGGGUACAGGUCAGACAGAGAAAACUUAAGCCAUACUGAAACGGGAGCAGCAACACGUGUUCCACCAAAAAGCAGUGUAACCGAGAAAAGAGUUGCAAGUCCUGGCCCGGAACAGGCUUUCAAUCACCACGAGGACACAACAAACAGAGAAGCCAAAACAACGAGAGGUAAUGACAUCCCUCAGCGAACUGCAGUGAGACGUGCAAUGUCUGACUGUUCACAUCUGUCUGUUCCCAUGGUAAUGGCCGGGGCAUACCCUACGGGUUUGACCGUCACACAAGUGAUGGCACCCAGCACGCCAGAUUUCAUCCCAAUGGGAACACCCAGGCCCUCUUACCCUCAUGUAGCUGUCCGUCGAUCACUCACGGUUACAGACGGUUCUGAAGGCUCCGCUUCAAUGGCAACGAUGAUCUCAACUCCUUUAAUGAUGUCACCUGUGGUGCCGUCUUCUCCUCCCCCUAAGAGGCAUCAUGGUAGCUGUGAAACCAAUGUUCUACUUCCUGUUCCAGCUCCUGUAGGAACGCUGGCUAAAGGCGCCCAGGACACUAUGACAGUAACCACCGUGAAAUCUGACAACAAGGAGAAGCAGGAGAAGAUGGACGUCAUCUCCAGCAAGACUGACAGGAUCGACAACGUGGACAAGAAGAAGGAAGAGCAGCUGAAGAAGGAAAAUAACACUGACAAGAACCAGAAGCCAGAGAUGAUCCUCAAAAGUGAGGAAAAGAUGGAGAAGCUGAACGACAAGGCUGGCGAGAAGCCGGAGAAGGUGGACAAGCCGGAGAAGACCAACAAGGACGAAAAGAAAGAGGAGGAGAAGAAGGAGGAGAAGGGAGGAAAAGGCCCGGCCAAGUCUCCCACAGGCAACGGCAGCAAAACCGUGCCAAGCGCCGACAGCAAGAGCAAGCCUGAUGUGGGUCCAACCAAACAAAACUCAGCCAAAUCGCGUCCAUCCACCCUUUCCACCAAUGAUGCGGCCAACUCUGCCAAACGCCCCUCCCCCCCUGCAGCCAAUAAAAAAAGCCCCGCGCCCAAGGCGACCACACCCACCGCUGCAAAACGUCAGCCAACCACAGGCUCGACCAAGGCUGCCAAGACUCCAGAAAAUGGCGCCGCGGAGAAACGCCCACCCGUACCAAAGGCCACGCCCACUCCUCGGCAGGCCCCCAGUAAGAACGUCACCUCUGCGGCGGCUGCGAAUAAAGCCACAGCUAGCAAAAAUGACAAGAAUGAGAACAAGACGGGGGAGGCCAAGAAACCCAAAACUACAACGCGUCCUCGCCCCGCAUCCACAGCCACUCCGGCAACCCCAUCUGCCUCCACCAACGGCGAAGGCGCCGCCAGCCAUCGCCGCCGCGUCAUCACGAAACCGCCGGUGCCCAAGCAGACCCCUCUAGAGAAGAAGCCAGCGGCGCCUCGCCCUCCCCGAACCCCCCGACCCAUCAACGCUCCGACGCCAGAUCUGAAGAAUGUGCGCUCCAAGAUCGGAUCCAUCGACAACAUCAAGUACCAGCCGGGAGGCGGGAAGGUCUCCUCCACCCCGAACAACAAGACAUCCGACCCCGCCACCCCCGCCGCCAAGGCCAGAGUUCAGAUAGUGCACAAAAAGCUGGACUUCAGCCACGUCACCUCCCGCUGUGGCUCCAAGGACAAUAUCAAACAUGUCCCUGGAGGUGGCAAUGUGCAAAUCUUGAAUAAGAAGGUUGACGUGAGCAAGGUGACCUCAAAAUGUGGCUCCAAGGACAACAUCAAACAUAAGCCAGGCGGUGGUGACGUGAAGAUCGAAUCCCACAAGGUCAACAUCAAGGCCAAGUCUAAGAUCGGAUCCCUGGACAACGUGGGACCAGGCAGCGAGCAGACAAAUGGACACAAGGAGGAAAAAACAGGAGAGAAGACAUCUCCACCCGCAAGUGGCGCCCCACAACAAACAACCGCACCGGCAGGCGUUGCCAAGGAGAACGGCAUGAAGGAGCCCACUCCUUCUCCUUUUGGAGGAGACGGUCUAAAGGAGCCCCUAAGCAUAGACAAACGCAUCACUGAGAAAAACUGAGUCCCUGUGAGCUCCAGAUAGUGGUGGGACAUGCAUGACGCUCACUGACCUGCCAGUCAACUGACCAACAAAAUUACCACGGCACAGUCUCUUCCCUCUGGCCCCGCCCUUCACCUCACCCACUGCAGCAUCGAAUCAACCGAUUGCCUCUCAGUGUUUCUCUGAGGUCCGCCUGCCAGCGUCCUCCUACCAACCCCGAUCUUUGACC